GCGGCAGGAAGGGGAGGACCCAACCCGGCCAGGGGGAGCCCGUGCGCGGGCGCGGGGCUGGGUCGGAAAAGCUGCCUCAAGGGCGCGCUCGCUGCCCCUCCGCUCCCUCCCUCCCCGUGCUCCCAGCCUGGGCCUCUCCUCUCCGCAGCUCCUUCCCCGAGACAGCGCCCGCUGCGGCCUCGCCAUGUCCCAGCCUGGCCAGAAGCCCGCAGCCUCCCCGCGACCCCGGCGCAGCGCAGUGGCCUGCCACACCCAGGAGCUUAUUUACUGGCUAAUCCUGUUUUAACAACCGGAAUACAUACACAAGAUCAUUUAAAGCAUGUCAAUGUGCAAACCAGUGGAUCACCUUCCAACCCAGGAGGAAAGAAAGGAUCAGAUGAGAAAAAAGCAGCAAGUCUUGGGACCAGUCAACCCUCCAGAAGCUCUACUGGAAGAAUAGCUCCCACCCCCAAGGUAUCAGCUUCCUUGGGUACACCGAGCAAGUUUUCCAGUAUGAAUCCCACAGAAACUAAGGCCAUAAAAACAGAACCUGAGAAGUCACAAUCGACUAAGCCAUCUGUGGUUCAUGAGAAGAAAUCCCAAGAAGGAAAGCCAAAAGAACACACAAAGCCAAAAAGCCUGCCCAAGCAUGCCUCAGACAUAGGAGGUAAACAUGCUUAUAGUGAAAGAGCAGUUUCCAGAUCAAGUGAACAGGUGCCAUCAGAGAAACCAAUGGAACGAAAGACCAAACCACAAGACACAAUUUCUGCUGGUGAAGAGAGUGUUGCUGCUGGUAUAGCUGCAGCAUCCUGCAGACCGGUUGACAAGAAAAAAGAAGAGAAACCAUUAACUCCAGCUGUGCCAGUUGAAUCCAAACUGGAUAGACCAUCUGGAAAGUCAGGCCUGGACGCUGCUUUGGACGAUUUAAUAGACACGUUGGGAGAACCUGAAGAAACUAAGGAAGACAGUACAACUUAUACUGGACCAGAAGUUUCAGAUCCAAUGAGUUCCACCUACAUAGAGGAAUUAGGUAAAAGAGAAGUCACAAUCCCUCCAAAAUAUAGGGAACUUUUGGCUAAAAAAGAAGGGAUUACAGGCCCUCCCCCAGACUCUUCGAAACCCCUAGGGCCGGAGGACGUCAUAGAUGCCUUGUCAUCUGACUUCACCUGUGGUUCUCCUACUGCAGAUGGAAAGAAAACUGAAAAAGAGAAAUCUACAGGAGAGGUUUUAAAAGCUCAGUCAUCAGGGACAGUGAGAACUGCUGCUCCACCCCAGGAGAAGAAAAGAAAGGUGGAGAAGGAUACAAUGAGCGACCAAGCCCUUGAGGCUCUGUCAGCUUCGCUGGGAACCCAGAAACCAGAACCCGAACUUGACCUCAGUUCUGUUAAGGAAGUCGAUGAGGUAAAAGCUAAAGAAGAAAGACUAGAGAAGUGUGGCGAGGACGAGGAGACGGUCCCGUCUGAGUACAGACUGCAGCCAGCCAUGGAUAAAGAUGGGAAACCACUACUGCCACAGCCUGAAGAAAAACCCAAGCUCCUGAGUGAAUCACAACUCAUUGAUGAACUUUCAGAAGAUUUUGACUGGUCUAAAUGUAAAGAAAAACAAUCUAAGCCAACUGAGAAAACAGAAGAAUCUAAGGUCACUGCCCCAACUUCUGUGGCGGAGACUGUGCCUCGGAUUUCCAUGUGUAGUAUACAGUCAGCACCACCCAAGCCACCUGCCUUGCAGGGUCCAGUGCCUGAGGAUGCUGUAGAGGCCUUGGCUGGUAGCCUGGGGGAAAGGGAAGCAGAUCCAGAAGAUGGAAAACCUGUGACAGAUAAAGUCAAGGAUAAAGCCAAAGAAGAAGACCAUGAAAAACUUGGUGAAAAAGAAGAAACAAUACCCCCAGAUUAUAGAUUAGAAGAGGUCAAGGAUGAAGAUGGAAAACCACUCCUGCCCACAGAGCUCAAGGAGCAGCUUCUGCCACUGAGGGAAGACUUCCUUCUUGAUGCUUUGUCUGAGGACUUCUCCAGUCCCCUGAAUGCUUCAUCUCUUAAAUUUGAAGAUGCUAAACUUUCUGCUGUCAUCUCUGAAGUGGUUUCCCAAACCCCAGGUUCAACCACUCACUCUGGAGCCCCAUUCUCUGAUACGUCGCAGAGUGACAAAGAUCUUGAUGAUGCCUUGAAUAAACUCUCUGACAGUCUAGGAGAGAGGCAGCCUGACCCGGAUGAGAACAAACCAAUGGAGGAUAAAGUGAAGGAAAAAGCUAAAGCUGAGCACAGAGACAAGCUUGGAGAGCGAGAUGAUACCCUCCCUCCUGACUACAGACACCUCCUGGACAGUGACGGGAAGGACAAAGACAAACCUGCGAAGCCACCUACAAAUAGAUCACAGGAGUCAAAGAAAUCUGCAGGUGACCGAGACCCCACUGAUGCCCUCUCAGGAGAUUUUGACAGCUGUCCCUCAACUACAGAAACCUCACAGAAUACAGCAAAGGAUAAGAGCAAGAAGACUGCUUCCAGUUCCAAAGCAUCCAAGAAGGAAGGCAAAGCAAAGGACCCAGCAAAGACAACAGAGGGGACUUCUAAGCCAAAAACUGGUGAAAGAGAUACUAGUUAAAGUUUACUGCUAUUUGGUAUCUGCAUGUAAAAUCUUCAGCUGGUGAAUGGUGACUUUUGAAGAACAAAAAGCUUUGGCAACAGAAAAUAUUUUCUGGGUGGCUGCUAGAUUUGAAUCUUCUGAUAUCCUAAACAUGGUUUGUUAUUAUUUUCCAGAAAGAAAAUGAAUUACUCUGGUUCACCUGUGUAAUUGUGCUGAGUAUUGAUAAACUUUGAAUUUUUUUUAAUUGCCUUUGGUUGGGAGAGAAAGGAAGCUUUAUAUUUGUAAUAAAUAUAUUUGAUAAAGUUUCUUAAAGCAACACCAAAAAAAAAAAGAGAGAGAGAAAACCUUUGCAAACUUUUGCACCUUGUACACACAGUGCCUAUAGAUCUCAAUAGUUUUCAGUUUGCAACUUGUUUUUUUUUGUUAGCAUUAACAAAAUGCUUUAAACAUUCUUCGAUGUUCUGAUUUCUUAUUACCUACCCCUUUCCUCUUGGGUUUUUGAACUGUACUUGAUUUGGUGGUGGGGGCAAUUAGGCACAAAGUCCCUCUUGGGCUGUGAGCAGUAAAGUAAGUCAAAUCCCUGGAGAAACCAGGAAACACUGAACUCUUCCCAGUUUGAACUCUUCUUUGCCACGUGUGGGGGCUUCUGCACCUUCAGGUCAACCCAAAACACAGCAAUCUUCAGUUAAGUCAGCGAACUACAGGCCAGACAAGUCAGUGGUCGGCAAGUUUUGAGAACAGGAAAUGGGUUUGAACUCUCUUGGCUGAUUGUGUUGCUAAACUGUGCUAACUGUGCUUUCUAUUCUUUAUACAAAACCUUAGCACAAUUCUUUGCUUGCAGCCAUUGCCACAUCAGUCUUUCCACUGUAUAGCAUGAGGCUUUAUGGAAGUUACGUUACCUAAUACAAAAAAAAAAAAAUUCCACUUUAAAAAAAAUAUAUAUAUAUAUAGGUGGCACCUGUGAUCAAAGGAGUAGGGCUCCGGCCCCAUAUGCCAGAGGUGGUGGGUUCAAACCCAGCCCCAGCCAAGAAAAAAAAAAAAAAAAAGUAUAUAUACAUACAUAUAUAUCUA